AUGGGUAGCAGCAGCACCGGUAGCAGCGCCGGCACCAGCAGUGGCACCGGUAGCAGCACCACCACGAGCAGCAUCACCAGCAACACCGGCAGCAACCCCACCACGAGCAGCAACACCACCACAGGCACCAACACCAUCAGCACCACCAGCGGUACCGCUAGGACCGGUAGUACCACCACCAAGGGAAGCAGCACCAUCAACACCGGCAGCAGCACCAGCAACAACACCACCACUGGCAGCAGCACCGGGAGCAGUACCACCACGGGCAGCAGCACCAUCAGCAUUGGCACCACCACGUGCAGUAGCACCAUCAUUGGCAGCACUCCUCCUUUGGCUCACCGCUUUCUCUGGCACACUAACGCCGCCACCAGCACCAGCGCCACCACCGGAAGCACGACUGGCAUUCCUAAAAAAGGGAAUCUUGCCCUCACUUCUCGCUUGCUUGAGCUGGGGUAG